UUUUCUUCGCUGGUUCUGGACCUAGGUGGUGUGCUGCUGCUCUACUCAGCCAACAAUGUCAAGACCCUCACUCCCCGUCAAAUCAGCAAUGCAUUAGACUCACCUAUCUGGCAUGACUACGAGAGAAGCAAAACCUCUAAGAAGUCUUGCUAUGAUGCCAUCUGCCGGGACUUUGGCUUCAAUCCAACCUCCUGGGCUGAAGCGCUGGAUGUCAUGAGGGAAUCUUUGCGACCUAACAAAGAACUCAUUGAAGAGAUCAAGAAGCUCAAGCUGAACAACUCUGAACUAAAAGUGUUUGGGCUCUCCAACGUCCCUACGGAAGAUUUUCAAGAUCUCAAGCCCUUGAUCGAAGAAUGGGGUAUCUUUGACGACUUUUACGCUUCUGGCUUGACAGGUUUCCGAAAACCUGACAUAGCCUGCUACGAAAGGUUCUUGGAGGACUGCAUGAUACCCUCUGAGGCGUGCAUAUUUGUGGAUGACCGAAUCGAAAAUGUCGUGGCGGCACAGUCUCUGGGCUUCCGAGGUGUUCAUCUGACUGACACGAGUUCUGUGGUGGCUACUCUGAAUAACCUCCUUGGCGACCCUGUUGCUCGUGGGUUAGAGUUUCUCAGGCGCAACGCCAAGAAUCUCUUUUGUGAGACAAACAAAGGAGAGACACAGCCCGACAAUUAUUCUCAGCUCAUCAUACUAGAGCAUACUGGGGACAGGCUGGUCCAACUUGGAACUACUUUUAUUGGAGAACCCGUGUUCUUUGAUACCGUUUAUCCAAAUGAUGCAGACACGACGUCGUUGGCCAUGCAUGUCCUUGGCGACGUUUCAGCCGAGGAGGAGUCAUUUGCUGUAAACGAGAUUCUAUCCCAUCUCAACCCGGACGGCCUGCCAUACUGCUGGCUUCAAACCUGUCGCCCUCGGUUCUGCCACGGCAUCUGCGCCAACGUCUUUCGUUACUUUUAUCUCAGCGGCCAGAUCGAUAAGCUCCCCAACGUCUACCAGUACCUUUGCCGUCUACUGAAAACUGAGGCCUACCUUUUGGGAACGCGCUACUACGAGAACCCGGAUUGGUUUCUCUUCCUCCUCAGCGACGUCUGUGGGAAGCGUCCGGACGACGAGGCUCUGAAUGAGAUGCGACGCCUGCUCAGCUCACAGAUUCAGGAUCGUGUCGGGUGCGAUAGGAACCUUUUUGGUGCUGCUCUACGAUCUCUGGCUGCGCAGGCUCUUGGGAUUAUGAACAAGAGAGAUAUCAAGACGUUGCUUGAAACGCAGUUACUUGAUGGAGGCUGGGAGAAGCAGUGGCUGUGGAAGUAUGGCAAGGAGGCUGUCAAGCUUGGGAGUCGGGGUGUCAUCACUACCAUGGCUGUGAGGGCGAUAAAGAGGGCUCGGGAGGAUGCGCCAAUAUUGACUUUAUAG